AUGCAGGGGAUCAACAGGGCGAAAAAGAGCGUCUUGCUUGCCAUGCGCUUCACGCCAUCGAAGAAGAAGUGGGAGCUUUCGUCCGGUACGACCGGUGCGGGCUGCAGGGACCCGUCCAUCGUGGAGUGGGGGGAAGACGGAAGCCUCCUCGCGAUGGCUCCCUGUGAGAGAGGCUCCUACGGCGUCUACGAGUCUACUGUGGCCGGUACAGCCUGGUACGAUGCGGGUGAGCCGAUUUCGCGCGUGUGGGGCACCUCACUGAGUCGUCAAGGAGGGGACGGCGUGCAGAGCGGCUUCGUCACGGCAACCUUCGAGAAUAAAAAGGUGAUGCUCCUCACCACGCCGGUGUACUCGGAAGAGGAAGGCAAAGAAAAAGGUCGUCUGCAUCUUUGGCUGACCGACAAUUCCCGCGUGUCCCUGGCGAUGCCGGCCACCUCACCGUGGUGCCAGGGUCCAGUACCCCGUCCAGGGGGAAGCCAAGAGCCCGCAUUAUACUCAGUCGCUGUUGACUGGGGCGGGCGGCAGGCUAUCGGCAACCAGAGAGAGAGCAAGCAGCAUCACCGGCGCUCUGGGGUGAAUGAAAGUGAAAGAACGCUCUCCUGCACGUGCAAACGUGCUCUCUGUAGUAUUUGCCGGCUCCUCUUGCUCACUAGCGGGGAUGUCGAGCAGAACCCUGGUCCGUUACUUCGCGGAGCUCAAUGGAAUGCAGGCGGAUUAACUCCGCCGAAGCGUCUCGCAUUGGAAAAAUUGCUCUACGAUAGCAAGGUGGCCUUCUGUCUCCUGUCGGAGACGCAUUUCAACGAGGACGAGCAUUUGUUUUUUAAUAUUUUUGGUUU